AGCACCCCGAACGAGCGCCAGCGAGCACCAUGGCCGCGCGCGUCGGUUCCCGCGGCGUGACGCUCUCCAGCCGCCGCCUCACGAAGCAGGCGCGCGCCAUCCUCGCGAAAGCGUCUAGCCCCCUCGGCGCCGCCCCGCGCCGAAACGCGCCCGUCCUCACGCGCGCGACGAUCGUCAUCCUCGAGCACGAGGGCAAGUCCAUCGAGGUCGAGUGCGACGGGUACGAAUCCGUGCUCGAAGCCGCGUUGGACGCGGGCGUGGAGAACUUGUCCUACGACUGCAAGAUGGGCGUGUGCAUGACGUGCCCGAGUCGAUUGAAAGCCGGGGAGGUGGACCAAGGCGGCGCGAUGCUGUCGGACGACGUCGUCGAGAAAGGGUUCGCGCUGUUGUGCUGCGCCGUGCCCGUCGGCGACGGCGUCGUGAUUCAGACCGUCACGGAGGAGGAACUCCUCGACGAGCAGCUGCAGGGCGGCGCGAUGUGAUUGACGUUGCGAUGACGCGGCUUCGUCGGCGGGCGAGCGAGCGAGCGAGGGAUAAUGUAACGGCGAGAAUCGAAUCGAAUCGAAUCGCGCGCGUCGUCGGUAGCCCUGUCGAUCGCGCGCGUCGUUCGCCUCUGAGCCCCGCGACGACCGACGAGAGCGCGAAAAUAGAGCGCCGAAAACCAAAAACUCCGAGACAGGACUGACGGGCCGUGCGAAAAAAGUUAAGGGUCAGUUGAAACUAGACGCGAUCACGUGUUGAAACCGAGGGUGGGUCAAAACC